AACAAGAUCUAUGAAUUGCAGCUUUCUGUUUUUCACUGUUAAAGUAAAAGCACAGAGACGGAGGGAUAUCACUUCUAGGAAUUACUUCUGGGUCAAGUCAUUGUAAAUUGAAUAGGAUGGAUCUUGGUGCAGGACUAAAACAAUGAUGUACUGUGGCAUUUAGUCACAUGUUCCAACUCUGCAGGAUAUUUCCAGUAAACACAGUUGGCUCAUUUAUAGAUAAAUACAACUUUUUUUUUUUUUAAAGCUCAAAGUCAGUCGAUAGGAGAUACACGUGCUAACUUGAUGUUCAUUCUGCAACACUGUCUCAGCUCUGCAGACAAUGAAAGCAGCUGAGCCGUGAGACUGGCUGUGUUUCAUUAGGGCUGCCCCUCCCAGUGGCUCAUUUCUGCUGACUCAAAUGAGUCGUGCUCAUGAGGAGCGACCUGAGUUUGGGCUUUAAGAGCCAGUUUGCCAAACUGAAGCUCAGUCUACUCAUUGCUCACCCAGUAAUUAGCAGAAGUACCUGCACCUGUUAAUGAAAGAAGUACCUUCCAGCUGAGGAAGUUUGACUGCUCAGAUGGCUUCCAGCUUUGGCCAGAGGAAAGUCAGAAGACGGCAGGAGUACUCUGCUACAGAUCAGCUGCUUCAUGAACCCAAUCCUUUGAAAAACUAUCGUCACAGCGCUUCCUGGUGGGCUGACGAAGAUGUGCACAGAGAACAAGGAGACUCACUCAGGGAGCAACUAAAAGAGUUGGAUGACCAUGUGGCCAGGCUUCAGGACAUGCUGAGAAGUGAACGGUGCAAAUGCUCGAAACUACAGCUGCGGUGUAACCAGCAGGAGGCAGAGCUGAGGCGUCGAGAGCUGAACAUGAGCAGACUGAAGGAGAAGCUGUCACAGAUGACUGACAGACACAGGGAAAAGAGACCCUCCAUAGAGGUCCUGAACUUCCCACCUGGAGGCAGAGGCAAAAGGGAGAAGCCUAGCAGAGUUUUGGGGUUCACAUCAAAACAGGAGGAAGCAGCUCUACGUCUGAUGCUGGAGCGCAGAGAAGCAGAGCUGAGAGAGGCCAUGAAGCUGCGCCACAGCCUCACCACUUUGCUGCAUGCACUAAGAGUUGACAUGGAGCAGUUCCUGUCAGAUAGGGUGGACGUAUCCCCAGAUGAAGACAAAAGGCUGGAUCGCACUGAGGCAGGACUUGGUGAACAUGUGACAGGAGGAGUCAUUCAGAGUUGGAGGCAGGUGCAGAAGAAACUCCAAAAUGUCUUAUCUAAUGGCCUCACUACUGCUGGGACUGACCAGGAGAAGCUCCUGGUUCAACUAGAAACUGAGCUACAAGAGACUCAGCAGCUUGUCAGAGUACAGCAGCAACUGUUCCAAGACAGCGUCUCCUCGGAGGUUUCCUCUGAACUGUCGGAAUCCUACUAUUUGGAAGAGUGGGAACGUCUCCAGAUGUGCUGGGCAGAGCUGAAUCAUCAGAGGAGGACUUUUGAACGAGAGCGGCAGGCUUUUACUGACGCCGCCAUCCGACUCAGUUAUGAGCGUCGUGAUUUUGAACAAAGAAAAGCGUCUCUUGUGAAGCAGCACUACCUGUGUGACUCACCUCUGUUUGGGACGGGGAGCCCUGCUCUCGUUCUCCCUGGGGUGGAACCUGCUGAUGUAUCUGGGUGUCUUCCCAUCACUCCAUCAUCCACGGAGUCUGAAAACACUGGCGUUUCUGGUUUAUGUGAGGGAAGAGCUCGAGUUCGAACUCCCAGCACCGCUGAACUGUACUCUGCCCUAAAUCUGUCAUACGGCUGCAGGUCCGACCAGCUUGAUCAGCCGUCAGACACGUGGGAUGGGAGGGUAGACAACAGGGUCCACACACCUUGGCCUCCACAUUUGGACUGGUCCGUUUAAUGCAAUGCCGAUAAUGAAUCAUAGCAGUUAAAACUACAUUGUCCUCCUUUUUUUUUUUUCUGUUUUUGACAAACAAUAAAAAGAUUUCUAUUUUUUUA